GUACCCGGAUGAGGGCGAGCUGUCGGGGGUCCUUAGGAAGCGGCUGCGGUUUUGGAGGUGGCUGUGGCGGGCGUGAGCGGGUGGGGGCCCCUUCCUCCGCCCUCGGAACCGACCCGCUGCCCUCAGCCCCCGUCCGCGUCUUUCGCCCAACCGAAGACCCCCGUCCUCUCCCUCUUCCAUUGCUCGGAGAGUUCUCGGGGCUGAUCUCCCUUUUGGAACCGGAAGUACUGCAGAGGUCUAAGAGGGUCAGGGAGGGGACAGCGAUUUGUGCACCUCCCAGACUGGAACCAAGGUGCUCCUACGACCUUUGCUGUGCGUAGACCCAGGCAGUACCCACGGGAUCGCCCAGCCUCUGGCAGCUCAACGUGAAGGCGUGAACUCGGCUUGCUUCGGAGCCUCCCCACCAUGACAUCCAAGAAGCUGGUGAACACGGUGGCAGGCUGUGCCGACGAUGCCCUUGCUGGCCUGGUGGCCUGCAACCCCAACCUGCAUCUCUUGCAGGGCCACCGCGUGGCCCUCCGUUCUGACCUGGACAGCCUCAAGGGCCGCGUGGCACUGCUGUCAGGUGGGGGCUCCGGCCAUGAGCCUGCCCAUGCCGGUUUCGUAGGGAAGGGGAUGCUGACAGGGGUCAUCGCAGGAGCCGUGUUCACCUCCCCGGCGGUGGGCAGCAUCCUGGCAGCCAUCAGGGCAGUGGCCCAGGCAGGCACAGUGGGGACCCUCCUCAUCGUGAAGAACUACACUGGGGAUCGGCUCAACUUCGGCCUGGCCCGGGAGCAGGCCCGGGCUGAGGGCAUCCCCGUGGAGAUGGUGGUCGUCGGGGAUGACAGCGCCUUCACCGUCCUGAAGAAGGCAGGCAGGCGGGGACUCUGCGGCACAGUGCUCAUACACAAGGUGGCAGGUGCCCUGGCUGAGGCAGGUGUAGGGCUGGAGGAAAUCACAGAUCGGGUGAGCGUGGUUGCCAAGGCCAUGGGAACCCUGGGAGUGAGCUUGUCCUCCUGCAGCGUCCCUGGCUCCAGACCCACCUUUGAGCUCUCACCAGACGAGGUGGAGCUAGGCCUGGGGAUCCACGGGGAAGCUGGCGUGCGCCGGAUAAAGAUGGCAUCCGCCGAUGAGAUCGUGACACUCAUGCUCGACCACAUGACGAACUCCUCCAACGUGUCCCAUGUGCCCGUGCAGUCUGGCUCCUCAGUGGUACUGAUGGUCAACAACCUGGGUGGCUUGUCAUUCCUGGAACUGGGCAUCAUGGCCGACGCGGCUGUCCGCUCUCUGGAGGGCCGCGGGGUGAAGAUCGCCCGUGCCCUAGUGGGCACCUUCAUGUCCGCCCUGGAGAUGCCUGGCAUUUCUCUCACCCUUCUGCUGGUGGAUGAGCCUCUCCUGAAACUGAUCGAUGCUGAAACCACCGCAUCAGCCUGGCCCAACGUGGCCAAGGUCUCCGUGACCGGGCGGAAGCGGAGCCGGGCAGCCCCUGCUGAGCCUCUGGAGGUCCCCGAUUCCACUGCCACAGGAGGCUUAGCCUUGAGGCAGACGGUGCUUGUGCUGGAACGGGUGUGCGCCACCCUCCUGGGCCUGGAGGAACAUCUGAAUGCCCUGGAUCGAGCUGCCGGCGACGGGGAUUGUGGCACCACCCAUAGCCGUGCUGCCAGAGCAAUCCAAGGGUGGCUGAAGGAGGGUCCACCCCCUGCCAGCCCUGCCCAGCUACUCUCCAAACUGUCUUUCCUGCUGCUGGAGAAGAUGGGAGGCUCCUCUGGGGCGCUCUAUGGCCUGUUCCUGACUGCGGCGGCCCAGCCACUCAAGGCCAAGACAGACCUGCCAGCCUGGUCUGCUGCCAUGGAUGCCGGCCUGGAGGCCAUGCAGAAGUACGGGAAGGCUGCUCCAGGGGACAGGACUAUGCUGGAUUCCCUGUGGGCAGCAGGACAGGAGCUCCAAGCCUGGAAGAGCCCAGGGGCCAAUCUGUUCCAUGUUUUGACGAAAGCAGUCCAGAGUGCGGAGGCUGCAGCCGAGGCCACCAAGACUAUGGAAGCGGGAGCCGGGAGAGCCAGUUACAUCAGCUCUGCGCGGCUCGAUCAGCCGGACCCUGGGGCAGUGGCCACGGCCGCCAUUCUCCGGGCCAUCCUGGAGGCCCUGCAGCAGGAGGGUGUGUGAGCGCCUCCUGGGCCUCUGUGCCCCUCUCACCGCGGCUCAGCGGUGGCCACUGGCAGUUCCUCCUGUCUUCCAGCUGUGACCCUCCCUGUCCCCUUGCCCCCAGGGCCUGUCCUGAGUUUGGCAGGGAACCCUCUACCAACCUCCAGAAUUCCUACAGAAACUGCAGGCCCAGAGUGGGUCAUGUACCACCUUAGCGCUGCCCUUUCCCUCUUCAGGGAGGUGGAAUUCUGGGGUCAUGCUGCUCUGCCCCAGCCACCUCGAGGCCUCAGUGAUAGGCAUUUUCCUUGGGUGGCAACAUGGCCUUUAACUGGCCAUGCUAAUUUGGUUUUAAGGCUUCCUGUGAAAGGCCUUCCGACCUUGACCCUGAGCCAAUGUGAGAAACAAGCAAAUAAACCACAUGGAAGCAAGAGCUCCGGCUUCUGCUGAGGGAGAUUUUUCCCACCAAUACGCCAGGCACUAAGGCCUCAGCCUCUGGUUAAAAUGAUCAUGACCCGGGGUGCCUGGGUGGCUCAGUGGGUUAAGCAUCCCAACUUUGGCUCAGGUCAUGAUCUCAGAGUUCGUGAGUUCGAGCCCUGCGUUGGGCUCUGUGCUCACAGCUCUGAGCCUGGAGCCUACUUCAGAGUGUCUCCUCUCUCUGCCCCUCCCGUGCUCACAUUCUGUCUCUUU